GCUGCUGGCAUGUAAAGAGCUGUGCGGAGUAUAUACUCUAGCGUUCAGGCAUGUAGGGCCUUCUGCUCUACUCAACCAUGCCUCAUUGUCUACACUGCUAUUUUAUACCCAUGCUAAUUGGGCAUUCUGUGUCUACUCUACACAAUACCUAAGCGUAGAGCUACCCUUAGCUAUUACUUAAGUAAAAGAAAUGUGAAACUCUAGGCAGUGUUACUGUUCUUGUUUAAAUUACACAUAAGGCCAAUACAUUGCUGACCAGUCCUGACUAUUUUUCCUUUUUACUUACUAAUAUUAGGUUUGCACAUUAAUUAUUGUUGAUAAAGUCUAUGAGUCUAUUGAGACUAACAUUUUUAACUGAAGCAUACAGUAGUUACAUUCAUUUUCAGGUUUCCAAACUGUUGAAGAUCGGACUUGUAGUUAAGGAGGCUUUUUGAGUAGAUGGUCUUUCAUGGUGUUAAAUUUAUCUAAAAUAAAAGUUCCCUUUUUAACUAGCACAAAUCUGUAGAAUGCAUAUUAAGUUUGAGACACUGGAUGUCUUUUAAAAGUUCUAUUGCAAUCUCACUACUCUGUAUGAUUUUCUUAAUAGCCCUCAGUUCUUCAACUAGUUUACUUUCCUGGAUAACAAGCGUCUCAUCACAAUACUUAUUACAGUAUUAAAUACUGUGAUUCUAAAACAGUUUGUCUUGCAGAGGGCUCUCUUUAUUUGAAUGUUUGUUGUUUGUAAGCCAACCCAUAGUAGAAUUGUAGCCCUGCAGCACCAUGUGGUGAAAUGUUAAUGUAACUCCAGAGAAAAGCAGAAUGAAAUUUUAGAACUCUGUUUUUGAGACAAAAAUUGUAAUAUUUACAAAAACUAAGUACAACAUUGUUAAAGACAAUAGAAAUUAAGCUACCAAAAAUGUCAUAUUUGGUAUCCCUUCGCAUACUGUUCUUAAAGCUGAAUCUGCCAGAGAAAUGGCAGCAUAUAGGGCUAUCCUUGGGGAAAGCCUUUCUAAUACAGGUUAUUACGCUUGGGUGUAAGCCUUUAAGCACUUGCCGAACUCAGUGUUAAACACAUGCUUAAGUGCUUUGCUGAAUUGGGAUCUUAAUAUUAGUACAUUCUGUCAUGGUUGUAAACAUGUUAUAUAGGAACUGAAAAAUAUAAAUUAAAAGCUAUUACUGUUGUGUUCUCUAACAACCUUAUUGAAAGUAAUGUGGCAUAUUGUUUCACAUAAACACAGAAUAUCUUUGUCUUAACCUUUUACAAGUAAUGUGAGUGCUUUCUAUGUAUUCUGAACAGAUGCUUCUGUAUAAAAGUCUUGUCAUUCUUAAUGAGGUAAUUCAGACUUGUGUUUAAUAUGUAAAUAAAUACAUGUGUAUUUAUUUCAGAGUACAGGUAUCCAGAGAAAUAUUUAUAUGAGUAUCUGAAUAAUGUCACUCGUGUUUCUAAAUCAAUAAGGAACCUAGGCUUCUAAAACAAUGCAUACAAUGUUUAUUCUCUUGUUCUUUGUAUAGUUUAUAUCUCUAGUCUUAUAGAUUUUCUAAAAAGUCUGGUAUUGUAUGUAGUUGGCUUUGGCUGGGUUAUAUGAAGAUGAAGUUAAAGGCAAGUUAUCCCAUUCUGACAGACCACCAGCUACAGUGGUCGGUAACCCAAGAGUACCAGUUCAGAGUCUAAAAAUUGACUCCUUCAGAAGCUUGAGAAAACCAGAAAGAAGCAUGAGUGAUGACAAAGAAAACCAAAGAUUUUACUCAGGUGACUCAGAAUAUAGCGGACUACAGAUUGUUGGGCCUUCUAAUAAGAAUCCCAGUAAAAUUGUUGGUGAACUUUUCAAAGAGGCGAAAGAACAUGGGGCAGUUCCACUGGAUGAAGCCGCAAGAGCCUCAGGUGAUUUUAGUAAAGCUAAAUCAUUUUCAGGUGGUGGAUACAGAUUGGGUGACUCAUCCCGGAAGCGCUCUGAAUAUAUAUAUGGAGAAAAUCAGAAUGGGCAAGAUGUUCAAAUUUUGCUUAAACUGUGGAGGAAUGGUUUCAGUUUAGAUGAUGGAGAGUUGAGAACUUACACAGACCCAACAAAUGCUCAGUUUCUUGAGUCUGUUAAAAGAGGGUAA